ACUUCUCUCCGCCUCCCCUGUAGUACAGCAUGUCGCGUAGUCCUUGUCACCAUGGUAACCCAAUAUCAGCAGCAGCACUGCAUCUGUAGAGUGAGUGUCAGCAGCGGAGUAUGGAAGCGGCGGCUGCGGAGUGCGAUCCUGAAGUGUUCCAGAUUUCACUUGUAUUCCCGAAUGGAGACAGUUAUGAUGGUGAGAGCAGAAGAUCAGAGACAGGAGCACUGGAGAGAAGUGGAACAGGAGUAAAUAAGAGUCCAAAUGGCAUGACAUAUAAUGGAUCCUGGAAAUAUGAUAGGAUGAACGGGCUGGGGAAGCUUGAGUAUCCUUCUGGAGCAGUUUAUGAAGGAGAAUUUGCUGACAACAUGUUCCAUGGGAGAGGGACUUACACAUUUCCCAACGGAGCUCAGUAUAUAGGGAACUUUACUGAGAACAAGAUGAUGGGAGAAGGUGAAUAUGUGGAUGCCAGCGGGUUGCAUUGGAAAGGAAUAUUCCAUGACAAAGCAGCACCAGGACUGAAAUUAAUGUUGAAAGUGUAAAUUAUAUCAUAUCUACAGAGAGCACAAGCCCCUUACAGCACUCCUUGGGUCAUUUCUUCAAUAAAGGCUUUGCAGAGUGGGA